AUGCCCGCGGUCAAGCGUAAGCAUCUCACCAUCGGUGAAGAUGAAUUCAGAGCCCCGAAAAUGCGGUGUAGCAGCCGUCUCAACAGUGAGAGUGUGGACGGGCCUGCGAGAGCCAGCCUGCUGGACCUCCCUGCAGAGAUACUGCUUGAUAUCUUCUACCUGGUCCGUGAACCCUGCAUGAUUCAUGCAUGUCAGAGGCUAUAUAAUCUACUGCCGGACUUCGUUGGAUACAGCAAAAUGCUCCUCGGCCUUGCUUUCGCCACCAGAACUGGGAGCAACCAUCUCGGCUUCUACUACGAUGAUGAGCCCAACCCUCUUGUAGACCUGCACACAGAACUCUGGCCACUUCCUGGACGCAAAAAGCACCACGAUUGGGACUAUGACGAGCGCGAGGAACUGCAAGACACUGUAGCAGUAGGCAAGUGGAUACGACCUUCCCAUCUACGAGCUCUCCACGGCUUUCUAUUCGAUAUACUUGUCACCAACCAAGUAAUAGUGAAUGCAGACUAUCGCUUGACCAACGAACAACGUGUCACUCUUGAUGCUCUGGUAUCCGAGCAUAGAGGGCCCGACCCUGACCUAAAGCUUAGAAUGCAGGUCGAACUUAGACAUAACGGCGGGUGGCACCGUGCCAUGCUGACAUUGCGUGACAACUUCAUGCAUGUGAGGAUCCAUGACAAGACACGGACACAGAAGUUCUAUCAAUUAUACUCUAUCAACUUCAUUCCGGACUGCCUGCUCUGGGAGGAACGGCCCAUCGAGGAGGUAUCAGACCUUAGAGAUCUCUACAUACGCUGCUGCACAAUCAUGCCUGAGGACGGCUUCUGCAGGCUCAUGAGGGGUCCGGAUGCAGACAACAUGUACUGCCACUUGAGGUGCGAUGAAGGUUUGCUAGAGAAGCGAAUCCUACGAGCACUGGAACGCCCACAACCCAUCCAUCGGAGCAUCCCAAACGAAAUUGAAUCCGAUGUAGAACGAUUCUACAACUGGCUAUUGCUCAAUUAUGCUUGCGGAAAUCCAGUCACAAUCACCUACGACAUGCUCAACACUUGCGUGGAAAACAAGCUCGCAGGUUGCCUCGGUCACCUCCUCGGCAACUACUUCACCAUGACUACUACGAACGACUGGAAGUGGAGAGAUAAUUGGCGCAGCGACCGGGAGCCCCAGCAGAACGUGACGGAGAGGCGACGCAAGACGUCCGUGACCGAAGAGGAUCUCGUUAAGCUGAGAGACAAGGCUGACGAGCUGUGGUGGGAUAGAGACUGCGUCAGGCUGAUCGAGGCCGAACUUAGCCAUAUCGAAGACAUGAAGACCAUGGCGAGGACAGAAGGCUUCGUUUCUUGGCAAGCGGCUGAAUUUUCAUACUACAAGGAGCGGGAGCAGGGAGCACUCAUGGAGAGGCUGCACUACGACAGUGAUGAGGAUGCGAGUCUGGCCGAUGAGCUGAGCUCACAGCGAUCGGACUUCUCUGACGAUGAGGACGAGCUGGAUUGGGAUCAUGAUGAAAGCGACGAUGUAGCACAAAGCUCCACCCAGGCAGGCCCCACUGGCGAGAUCUGA